AUGGCGAACGAGACAUUUGUUGACUACUACACGGUCCUGGAGGUCUCUCCCGAUGCGGACCAAGCCGUCAUUCGGGCGAGCUACAUGCGGCUCGCCAGGCUGAGGCACCCCGACCGGAACCUCGACAACCCCGAAGCAACUCUUCUUUUCCAGCUUCUUCAGCAAGCGUACUCCAUCCUAGGCGAUCCCAACAGUCGCCAGAUCUUCGACCGCGAGCGCCGGCGCCAGACCUUUUUCGGUGGUCGAAUGGGCGCCAGGGGCAGAAGUGGCAGAAAUCAUGCCACGUUCGGCUUCGGACAGACCUCAUUCCGACAAAGCAACUUGAACCCAACCUUCCCGUUCCACGAGACGGCCGAGGAGGAGGAACAGAACAGGCAGCGUCUUAGGGAGGAGAUGGCAAAGAGGAGGCAGGAAGAGACCGCCAGACGCGCUGCUGCUGAGCAGGAGAGGUUGGCCGCUGAGGCCAAUCGCGUCCGUACACCACAGGAGGAAGCUGCUCGAAGGCGUAGGUUGGAAAGGGAGGCAAGAAUGAAAGAGUCCGGCCAGAGGAUUCGGGAGGCUGCGAUGCGUGUCAGAGAAUCGGCGUUGAGGUUUAAGGAGGAGAGAAAUAGGAAGGCUCAAGAGGAAGCACUUUGGAAUGCGGAAAGAAAUGCCUUUGUUGAGGCUGAGAUCAGGGUCAUGGAUCUUGAUUAA